AUGCCCUUCACUAAUGGGGAGGGCAAUAUGCUCCACUUCGACCAAAAGCAAUUUGACUUCAACCUUCAAUUCGAGACUCUCUUUUUCUCGAUUAUUCCUUCCAUCUUGUUUAUUCCAUCAUCGCUAUGGCGAACUCUAGCAGGGAUACGCAGGCCCGUCGUGGUUAAUGCGCCCGUCUUGCAGUUCAUCAAAAUAGGGACCAUCGUAAUCUACGCUGGCUUAGAACUUGCUCUCCUCAUUCUCGCCGCAGUCGGCUCCUUUCACAUUAGCCGCAUGUUUAUCGCUUCUUCCGUUCUCCAGCUGCUAUCAGCCCUGUUCAUGCUGACAGUGAGUAUGGUGGACCACAGCCGCAGUCCUAGACCCUCCAUGCUGCUGAACAGCUACUUGUUUCUUACUCUACUCCUGGACAUUGCCCGGGCAAGGACUCUAUUCCUGUCGUCAGACUACAUUUCCGAGGUCGCAUAUAGUAAUUUAUUCUGUGCAUCGGUCGGGCUGAAGACCGCCAUCUUGGUGCUAGAGGCCUGCCAGAAGGCAAAAUGGGUGGUCUGGGAUGCAACGAAACACAGCCCCGAGGAGACGAGUGGGAUAUUCUCCCUAGGUAUUUUCUUCUGGCUGAACAAGCUCUUCUUGGCUGGGUAUAAACAUACCUUCACCAUUGAAAGCCUCUACCCCCUUGACAGUACCUUUGACGCACAAGCCCUGCAUGAGGAAUUCGCGAGAAAAAUGGACUAUACCAAGCUAAAGGGGGAUAAAUUCGGCCUUCUGAAGGUGCUAGUACGUACAUUGUGGGUGCAACUACUCCUUCCUAUUCCUCCGAGGGCGGCUUUGAUUGCGUUCUACAUCUGCCAACCUCUAUUCAUCGAAAGCCUCGUCACGUAUUUGUCUCAAUCGGAGCCCGGUCCAAAUGUGGGAUAUGGGCUCAUCGGCGCUGCCAUACUCAUCUAUUCCGGGAUUGCCAUCUCGUACGGCUUGUACUGGUACUGCCACCAUCGACUGCGGACAAUGGUCCGCUCCAUCCUAGUCACUGAGACGUUUAAAGCCGCCACCAGAGCUCGGAUGGGAUCAGGUGAUGAUAACGCUGCGCUGACACUUAUGAGCACCGAUAUGGAACGCAUCCGAAUGGGACUUCGCUUCGUGCACGAGACAUGGGCGAGCUUGAUUCAGGCUGGUCUCGCCGCCUGGCUGCUCUAUCGGCAACUUGGGGUCGUGUUCGUUGCUCCUGUAGGCGUGGUGGUAGUCUGCUUUGUUGGAUUAGGAAUUCUAAUCAACUUCACUGGGGACUCACAGCGGUCUUGGAUGUCUGGGGUCCAGAAGCGAGUCGGGCUUACAGCCACCGUCAUUGCCAGCAUGAAAUCACUCAAGGUAUCCGGCCUUGCUGGUCCCGUGACGGAGUAUGUGCAGCAGCUGCGUGUCGAUGAACUCGCCGCUGGUGCCCGAUACCGCAGGAUCAUGAUCAUCGCCGCUGUCUUUGCAUUUAUGCCGCAGUUGAUCAGCCCUCCGUUAACCUUCGCGUUUGCCCAAAAGACGCUGAAUGCCUCGACCAUGUUCACCGGUCUUUCAUUCCUGACUUUGUUGACUCAGCCGCUGUCCCAGCUCUUCCAGUCCGUCCCAGAGCUGGUUUCAGGCUUGGCCUGCUUGGGUCGGAUUCAGGCAUUUUUGGAAUUGGAGCCUCGUCGGGACUACCGGCAGCCCCUGGUAGAAGCCCAGAGUGGCGGCUUGGAGAAAACUUCCAAUUAUAUCGCCAUCCGAGCCGCGAGCUUUGGAUGGAAACCAGACAAGUUUGUCCUGAAUAAUAUCCAUACUAAAAUUCCCACAUCGUCCCUCACGAUGGUUGUCGGUCCAGUUGGCUCAGGAAAAUCCACAUUCUGCAAGGCCCUUCUAGGUGAGAUGCCCUUCAGCCAAGGUAGCAUCGCGAUGCAAACUUCCCCACGCCACGUCGGCUUCUGUGAACAAACAGCUUUUCUGUGGAACGGUACAAUCCGAGAGAACAUCAUCGGAUUUGCCCCUUUUGACCGCGAGCGGUAUGACCAAGUCAUUGAAGCCACUUCCCUGCGCUUCGACCUUGCUACCCUGUCCCAGGGGGACCAGACGAACAUCGGGUCGGAUGGUGUAGCAUUGUCGGGCGGGCAGAAACAGCGUCUGUCUCUUGCGCGAGCACUAUACCUUCCUUCCAACCUUUUGGUCUUGGAUGAUGUGUUUAGCGGCCUGGACGCUGAUACUGAGGAAAAAGUCUUUCAACAGGUCUUUGGAUCAGAUGGUCUCCUGCGACAACGGGGAUCAACGGUGGUUCUGUGCACCCAUAGUGUUCGGCAUCUCCCAAGCGCGGACUACAUCAUCGUCCUCGGAAACGGCAGCGUUGAAGAGCAAGGCACCUUCAUUGAGUUGUCCACCCGUCCGGGUUAUGUUCGGCGUUUGAAGGUGGGACUAAAGCAAGAGGGCGAGGAUAAUAAUAUCGCUGACGAUGAGCCUGGUCCUGAUCCGUAUCAGGAACAUAAAGACCAGGCGGAGGCUGACAAGAAACUCCAACAUGAGAUCACUGUCAACAGCACGCAAUCAUCCACCCCAAUUACCCCAGUUGUGGCCGCCGCGCGGCAGGUAGGUGACGCCACCGUCUAUAAGCUAUAUCUCAAAAGCAUGGGAUGGUUUGUGGCGGCUUGUAGUCUUUUCUUUGCGGCCCUGUGGGGUCUGUUCACCAAUUAUCCAACGAUCUGGCUCACAUACUGGGGUGACGCGACCGACUCCGUCCAUCCUGCGCACCCCCACUCCUACUAUGCGGGCAUCUAUGCCCUCCUGCAGGUCUGCGCCAUCCUCGCCCUCCUCCUCCUAGGGGUAACGCUCUUCAUUAUCUCGGUAAAUAAAGCCGGCGCCAAUCUCCACCAGCAAGCCUUGCGUACCCUGAUUCGUGCCCCGCUCACCUUCUUCACUAAUACCGACACCGGAGUGGUCACGAAUCUCUUCUCUCAGGAUCUCAACCUCAUCGACACCGAACUCCCCGAGGCGACCCUCAACACCCUCUUUUGCGUAUUCCAGUCGAUUGGCCAAGCCGCCGUGAUGCUUACCUCGUCCGUCUACCUAGCCAUCAGCUACCCGAUCCUGGGCGCCUUGCUCUACUUCGUGCAGAAAUACUACCUCCGUACGUCGCGGCAGCUACGAUUGCUCGACCUGGAGGCCAAGAGCCCGCUGUACACGCAUUUUCUUGACACUCUCAAAGGAAUUGCCACGCUGCGCGCCUUCGGAUUCGUCUCGGAGGACAUCCACAAGAACGCCCGUCUAGUGGACUCCAGCCAGCGCGCGGCGUAUCUCCUUCUUAUGAUCCAGGAGUGGCUGAAUCUGGUGCUUAACCUUGUUGUGAUGGUCAUCGCGGCGGCCCUGACCACGCUGGCCGUCCGGCUACAUUCCAACUCGGCCUUCGCCGGUGCAUCCAUGUACUCGCUCAUGACCUUCGGCGAGAGCCUAUCCGGGAUCGUGAUUUAUUACACCCGACUCGAAACCUCCAUCGGCGCGAUCGCGCGACUGAAGACCUUCAACGAGACCGUCAAGCCAGAGGACCGUGACGGUCCCGGAGAGGAGGACAUCGUCCCAGACACAAACUGGCCGGAUCGCGGGCUGGUCGAGUUGCGCGGUGUAUCCGCCCAGUACAAAUCCACCACCCAUAGCGUGUCUGAAUCUGACUCUGAGUCCAACUCCAACUGCAUGGCAACAACUUCUGGUGCCACCACUACUGAGCCACAAACCUUAGCCUUGAGGAACAUCACUUUAACCAUCUCCCCAGGGGAAAAGGUCGCCAUUUGCGGCCGCACCGGCAGCGGCAAGUCCAGCUUCCUCGCUCUCCUGUUGAAAUUACUCGAUCCACUUCCCUCUCCUCCAAUCGACCAUGAGAGCAGCAGUCUCAAUGAUGACCAAGGUCGUCAGAGCGCUCCGGUCUUGAUCGACGAACUCCCACUGCACCGCAUCCACCGCGCGACUCUCCGCCAACGCCUCAUCGCCGUCCCCCAGGACCCCGUUUUCCUGCCCGACGGCUCCUCCUUCCUGGCGAAUCUCGACCCAACCAACACUGCAACCCCGGCGGAAUGUCAGCAAGUUCUAGAAGCGGUCCGGCUGUGGGAAUUCGUGCAAGAACGGGCAGAGGGGCUGCUCGCGCCGGUCACGGCCGGGACUUGGAGCGCUGGGCAGAGGCAGCUCUUCUCGCUGGGACGGGCAGUCCUCCGAGCUAAGAUUCGCCAGCGUGCACAGUCUUUAUCCUUCCCCAACGAUGCGGGAUCCAACAAUGCAGCGCAAGGGGGGGGAAUACUCCUCCUCGAUGAGGUAAGCUCCAGCGUGGACCGCGAGACUGAGCAGAUUAUGCAGGAGAUCAUUCGGGCAGAGUUUCGGGCGUACACCAUCAUCGCGGUCAGCCAUCGGCUCGAGAUGAUCAUGGACUUUGAUCGGGUAGUGGUAAUGGACCGCGGGGAGGUCGUUGAGGUAGGGAAUCCGGUAGCCCUAAAAGAGGCGUCUGGUACGAGAUUCGGGGAAUUGGUGGCCGCCGCUGGGGCGUAG